AAGAAGAAAACAAAAAGUGCGCCAAAGAAAAAGAAAGGUUCAGAUACAGAAGAUGAUGAUGACGAUGAGGAAGAGACUCCACAAAAGAAGACAAAGAAAAAACCUCCAAAGGAAAGUUCUGAAAAAGAUGGCAAGGAGAAGAAAUCCAAAGCUAAAGAUGACAAAGACUCUGAUAAAAAAUUGAAGAAAGAACAGAAGAAAAAGGAACCAGCAUCUCUGUUCUCUGUCAAUGGAGAGAAGUCAGACUCCAAAAGCAAGAAGAAAGCAGCAAAGUCUGAUACAGAUGACAGCGAAACCGAAACUAAGUCGGGCAAGUCGAAAUCAAAGAAGAAGGAGAUCGCCAACCCAGCAUCCCUAUUUUCAGUGGGAGGUGAUAAGGACAAGGAUAAGGGAAAAGACAAGGACAAAGACAAAGACAAGAAGAAGAAGAAAGCCAAAGCAUCAGAGAGUGAUGAAUCUGACUCUGAGGCAGAAAAAGGGACAAAAAAGAAAAAGGGAAAAGGGAAGAAGAAGAAGGAAGAGAGGCCUCCAUCCCCAGACAUUGAGUUUGACAGCCUUGAGGAGUUUGUCCUGCAGCCAGCCCCACAGGGGGCGACUGUCAAAUGCAAGAUGACGCGGGACAAGAGGGGAAUGGACAAAGGCCUGUACCCUACAUAUUAUCUCCAUCUCGACAAUGAGAAAAAGGUGUUUUUACUGGCUGGGAGAAAACGAAAGAAAAGCACAACAUCCAAUUAUCUCAUCUCCAUAGACCCCACAGACUUAUCUAGGGGUGGAGAAAAUUUCAUUGGAAAGUUGAGGUCCAACAUGAUGGGCACCAAGUUCACAGUGUUUGACAAUGCUUUGCAUCCAGACCGAGCCCUGCCAGACAUGUCCAAUGCUCGCCAAGAACUAGCAGCCAUUAUAUACGAAACAAAUGUAUUGGGAAUGAAGGGUCCCCGACGGUUGACCGUCAUCAUCCCAGGGAUGAACAAGGACAGUGAACGAGUGCCCAUCCGACCUCGCAGUGACAACGAUGGUUUACUAAUGAAGUUCCAGAACAGAAAGUUGGAUAAUCUGAUCGAACUCCACAACAAAACACCCACUUGGAAUGAGGACACGGCGUCCCAUGUGCUGAAUUUCAAUGGCAGGGUCACACAGGCCUCCAUCAAAAACUUUCAGAUCAUCCACAGCAAAGAUGAGGACUAUAUUGUGAUGCAGUUUGGAAGAGUAGCGGACGACGCAUUCACUCUGGACUACAGCUACCCAAUGUGUGCAGUGCAAGCCUUUGCUAUCGCUCUAUCCAGUUUUGAUGGCAAAAUAACCUGCGAAUAAAACAAAACAAUAGGCCCUGGUGCCUCCUAGAGCUGCUGCAACUCUUCGUUGGCUACUGCAGAUGCACAGUACAGGAAAGAAGAAUUUCCCUGAUGGUUUUUCUACAACUCAAUAUCAACGCAAAGUGCAUUGAAGGAUGGAAGUCCUAGGCAAAAUGGAGGACUGAGGGCAUUUGAUAUCCCAUGGACUAUCUCAGGGAUUGUGUCUGAUGACUGAUGAUUAUGAGCAAUUCUGGGAUUAAGAUUAUUUUUUCUAUUGGAGCUCCUUGAGCUAAACCCCAGACAUAAAGAGAGGAUGAUACUUUAUAGCUGAGCACUGGAAAUAUGGUGUGUUUUGGAAUUUGCAUUAUUGCUUGAGGAUGCAGACGGAUGAAAUCUGAAGUUAUAGUUCAUCUUUUAAAUAAAUCAAUGAUUUUGUAGUACAUUACAUGUUCUCUAUUAAUUAAUUAUGUUAGGUUUAGUUUCAAAUGUAAAUCCAAUAAGCUACAAUGUCAUAUAAAGACAUUUAGUAUGAGUAUGAGAACUGGGUCAGUGCAGACUGAUCAAAUUUAAUUCAAACAAUGACAGAAUAGACCUACUUAUUAUUUUUAGGGUUAUGUUUGUUUUUGUUAUUUGUGAUAUGUCAACAUAAAGAAAUUAACUUCAUUUUAUGUCAAUAUGUGCUUAUCUAUGUCCAUGUUAGUAAUUCGUAUCACCAAUGUUAUGGCCUCCUAAAACAAAGGAGAGGUUUCAUUGUGAACAGGUUAAGAGGCUGCAGUAUAAGGCAAUAUGUCUGUACCAUGUGACUGUACAGUCAAGUGUUUUUCUAACAUUCUCAUUUGCUAUUUUAAUUUUACUCAAGCAACAAUGUUGCUGUUGUUCUGAUACCUGCCUUUUUGUCUUCUAUGUACUCUCUUAGGCUAGAUUCUGACUUUGUACUAAUCAUGUGGACAAGAGCCUUAUAGUAUUUUCAGAUGUUGGAAGAUAUAACCCUCUGAUGUGUACCAUUGUUGUUUUGAAUGGAAGGAUGGAAGAAUAACAAUGCAUUUCAGUGUCUUGUGAACUUGAAAAAAGUGCAGGCUUGGACACAACGUGCUCAAAUAAUCAGCUAAUCUGAAAAUAAAGUAUGACGUGUGAUAGUUUAGUAUUGUUUCACAAACUCCAAAAAUCAUGUCAAUCACUGUCAGUGUUUAUAGUAUAACUAAAGUGACAACAUCCAUGCUCACUGGAAACAUGCUCUGAUUAAACUAAAAUCAAAAUA